UGCUAUAUAAUAGCGAUGACGACUGCAAAACCUCGCGCCCGUGGCCUUCCGUACCUGCAUCGGAAUUGGAAAAGGGCAUACGACGGCCUGACGUCCCAGAUGGGCAACAAGACAUCUUCAGAGUCUCGUGACUCUGUUGAUCAGAUCACCGACCAGCUUGACACCACUCAACGCGCCGCCAAACGUCGCCGCCUCGAAAAUGAUCAAGAUGUCUUUCCUCUCUACGAAGACUGGAGCAACUCCAAACGUGGUCUUCGCAUCGAGGUUCUCAAAGUCAGUCACAAGGAUGCUCCCCGGGUCAAAAAUGGCAUCAUGAACGGACUGGUCCCGCCGAACAUCAAAGAUGUCUCGCAAAUCAAGGCUCGAUGUCAACUCACCAUCAUGGGAUACAAAGGCGACCACCCCGUCGUCCUCCACGUCGACAGCCAGGUUUGUGACAUCAAAGUCUUCAAGAACCCCGCUGGUCAGUCCCCCAUGGCGCGUUUUUACUCCAUCCGACCAUUCCACAUUCCAGAAGCCAAAAUUUCCCUCGAACGCGACGACGACGCUGUGUUUGGUCUGGCCAACACGUACUCUGUGCAUAUUGAGCUUCAGUCUGCUGGUGAUCCCAACUGGCCACCACGUGACCUCGUCACCGUCAGCGAUGAGGAUCUUUUGUACAGUAACAACAGCGGCGGGCUGCCACCACGACAAUGGGUCAUGAGCGCCAGUAUUGCGGACAUUUUUAACAAAAAUCACCGUAAGACGAUGCGGCUUAGAGUCAAAAAGCAUGUCAGCCAAGAUAUCGCCACAAACUUUCUUAUGGAUGUGGAUGUGCGGUGGUUGACGGCCAUCUCCACCCAGAAGACUAUGCGGGAGCACACUAAGGAUGUUCUUCCUUGCAUCACGGCGUUUGAUCCUGAUGGACACAACAAGGUGGUUGCGAAUGGGAAUGUCAAUGGGGGUGCUGUCAUCAAUGGGGUCAACGGUGCCAAUGAGGUGAAUGGUGUCGGUGGUGUCAGUGGGCAGGUCAACGGGGGGUCGCUCCCAGACACUCCCGACGAGCUCAUGCCUGAGGGUGAUACGACACCCAACAGGUCGAGACGCACAAAACAGAAUGUCAACUACAAUGUUAGGCAGAUGUGGAAUACGGCUGUUGGGAAGGAACCCAAGAAGCGGAGGAAGUUUGGCGACGCGGUGGAAAAUGGGGCGAAUCAGCAAGUUGACGAGCACGUCAUCACCUACCUCCUGCCCCCAGAACAGGUGCAGAUGGUGAAGUUCAUCUGCAUCGUCUGCGCCGCUGAGAACGACAAUUUGACCCAGCUCCGGCUACACUACCAGAGCCACCCGCAGUACCUGUUCAGCUUUGAAAUUCGGCCCAAGCUGGGCUGCUGCGUCACUGUCAAGCCCAACAGCGAGAACCCGGGCAGUCCGCUCAGACCUAAGGUGUACCAGCUUGGUCUACCGGUGGAACCGCUGGAUGUGGAAAAAUAUGUGAAUGGGGACGAGAGCUGGCUUGAGCAUAGGCUGGGUCCGGACAACGAUAGGGAUGUUGUGAAUAAUGGGAAGCCGGCGAAGCCACAGCCAGUAAUCGUCCUUGUUCCCAAGACGAAGCAGCCACUCUUUGACCCAUACAGUAAAGUUGCCCUCGAACCCGGCACCCCAGUCCCUCAGUACCCGAUAGACGACUCCUGGCUCUUGCUUAAGCACCGCGAGGCCCUGCAGGAUUUCAUCGAUCUCAACCACGAAGAAAAAGAGUACAUGCAAGAAUGGGACGCCUUUAUUCUCCGGAAGCAUCUUUCGUCACAGCAGUACCUGCCCAAGGCGUUUUUGCAAUUUGUGAAGGACAAGGCGGGGUGGCUGGUGGAGAAGCAGGCGAGGGCGGAAGAGUUUAGUAAACAUGUUAGCACGCUGUUGGCGAGGAGGGUGUUGGGGGAGAAUGAGGUGAUUGAGUCGACGGCGUUGCUGAAUGAGGCGAGGGAAAGGAAGAGCAAAGCGGUGAAUGGAGAGGUUAGUGGUGGGGGUGGUGAGGAGGGGGGGAAGGGGAAGAGGACUGGGGGGUGUUGCGUGGGAUGUGGGGAGCCAGUGCCGGUCAGUGAGAUGGUUGUUUGUGGGAACAAGGAAUGCACAAACCGGCUGUGGCACGAUCGCUGUGUAGACGAUAAGAAGACAGCGAAGAAACUGGGCAGGAAAUGGAAGUGCAAGGGCUGCAGGGUUUAG